AUGUCGACCCUUGCUCAGGCUGAUUUGCGCAUUGCAUCCAAGAGGGCGGGCUACGACAACAACAAGCCGCUUGGCGAGUCGGAAACAAUUGUCCUGUACAUCUACAACGCUGGUCCUGCCUUAGCGUCAGCUCCUGAGGUCAAGGCCGGUUUCUCGUACUCGAUGGACUACGAAGCCGUCACGAAAACGCUCCGUGCAGUGGGGGGACUGAUUACGCCUCAGCCAUCUUGGAUUAUCGAAGAUGGUACUCUUGAUUGGAAGGAUCUACCCCCUCCGUUGAGCCAAUUCAAAGACUGGGAUAUGGUGACCACCCUUCCCGACGUUCCAGCCGGGAUGCUCAUGGAACUCAGCCUUUCAUUCCCUAUGUUUCGCCAGAAAGCCUACGCUGACUACCCUCUGACCGCAUCCGUUGAGUCUAAGACCCCGGAUCCACGCAAGGAGAAUAAUACCACCACAUACGUGAUAACCCCCAACCAUCACGACGAUGGUUCAAACUAUUGGAACACCCCAGGUGACCUCAAAAACCUCGACAGUCUAGCCGUCGAACCAAUGUUCCAAGUCGAUUUGAGGGUCGCUUCGGCCCGAGCUUGUUACAAUAACAAUCUCCCCUUCAAGGAAGUCGAGACGCUGACGUUUUUCGUUUUUAACGAUGGACCGACAACAGCACACAAGCCUGUGCUGACCGCGGGCUACACGACUUCGAUGGACUACUCCAAUAUUACAUGUAGCCUCGAAGAAGCGUGGAUACCUGACGGGACCGACCCCUCCGAAUCUCUCUCUGACACCGACUCUCCCUUACAGUGGCAACCCCUCAAUGGUAUCCGCUACCAUAUUGAUGGUUGGAACGUCAUCUGCAAUCUCCCGAGAAUCCCACCUACCACUUUAUACCGAGUCAAGAUUUCUUUCCCGAUGAAUCGUACGUUCACGUACAACGACUAUACUGCCACCGCAUCGGUUUCAUCUGAAGCUGAAGAACUCAAUCCCCACAACAAUUCAACGACCUAUGUGAUCACACCCACUGACCAUAGCAAGGCUGGAGAUGCUUACUGGCAAGCUAAAGGGAAUAUUAAACAGCUUGAUGGACCCUCUGUCCCGUCAGGAAGUCGAGCGUGCUUGACAGGCUGGCUCCCAGAGACACCUGUCAUUGUCAAUAAUGGUCGAAAGCGUAAGCAGGCCACUUUGGCACAUUUGGCACAUCUCGAUAAGGACAUUUGGCAGGUUUAUGGCUAUGACCUCCAGACCAAGUCCGUACUGCCGAAGAAAGUGGCUGGGACUGAAACCCGAACUUCUUCAGAGGCCAUCACAGUGACAUUCUCACCGGAUGGCAAGAAUGUACUGACCUACACUGCACAUCCUGACACGCUGGUCUAUCUCAGCCCUUUCAGCCACGGAAUUGGGUGGAAUAAAGUCAGUCUGGGAUACUGGAUUCCAGUGAGGAUGCUUUGGGCGGGGGCAAUGAUCAGAGGCAUGCGUUCCGACGGCAGAGUAACUCCAUCCGCCUACGUGGUGAAUGUAGAAGAUGCUGUCGGGCAAAAUUUCAAAAGCGUCGAGCCAAAAAUGGUCAGUGCGAGUCAUAGCUAUGUUGUCGGUACGUUGGGUGAAGGAGGCAUACUCACUCACAACCCGAAAGACGGCCAGCGUUGUGGACCAGCCAACGUCCCUGCCAUCCUGGCAACUAUCUCUCGUGCUGCGAACAACCUAGUUGCGACAACUACUCCUCCACCUGGUAUUCCUCCUCCAAGACACGGUUAUGACCUCCGUUAUCGACGUCCGGCAGACCCCCCUACCCCUCCCCCGGCCAGAAGAUCUGCCCCUCCCGUCCUGCCGAUGGAUGUUCCCCGCCGCGACGAAGAUGGGAACUGGUUGAUCUAUCUCUACGAGGAAGACACGCCGGGUGCAGUCGAGAACGCCCGUCACGCGGUCGAGUCAGGGAGACCUGCGAUUUUGACCUACGACCCGAAUGGCACGCCGCAGCGACGACGGGAAUCGACGGGACAGGUUCAGUCGCAGAGCGAACUCCUUGAUCUCACGAGACGCGAGCGCUCGGGACGCACUGGCACUCUCGGCCAAUUGGACCGUGAUGAGUAUCCACCAGCUAUCGCAGCUGAGGGUGGUGCUGGUGCGAUGGUCACCUAUAUCGAAGCAGGCGAUAACCGUAGGGCAGGCUCCUUGAUGGGACAACAGUUCAUGGCCUAUAGGCAGCAGCAGCCAGAUGGUCAGCCUGGACUCCAGCGUGGAGAUACUUUUCGAUUUGUCAUUAUCAACGAGAACAUGUCCGAGCUGGAGUAUCUUGGAGAUUCUGUCCCCCUCGAAGAGACACAAAUCGAACGCCCCCCAACCGAUUGA